GCUGGGCCGGGGGCCGCCGCAGCCGCCCUUUGGGGCCAGCCCUCGCCGCCCUCCCCGCCUCCCGGCUUGCUCCAGCGCCGCGGGCUGCUGCCCCCGCCCGGCGGGCUCAGGCUCGCCAGGGGGCGAGCUCGCGGGGCCAGGCGGCCCGGCAGGCGCGCAGGCGCAAUCGGCCCGGAGCCUGCGGUCCCCGAGCCCGGCGUGCGGCACCGCCACAGUCUGGGCUCCCCCCGCCGCCCGAGCGCUACUACCAUGAGCGGCUCCAUCCUCGCCGGAGCUACUCACCGGCCCUGGGCGCGAGACACCUCCCCGGCUGCCCCCCGCCGCGGCCCCGAGCCCGGCUCUGCAGGCGCAGGAUGCCGGGCGGCAAGCGAGGGCUGGUGGCGCCGCAGAACACCUUCCUGGAGAACAUCGUCCGGCGCUCCAGCGAAUCAAGUUUUUUACUGGGAAAUGCCCAGAUUGUGGACUGGCCUGUAGUUUAUAGUAAUGACGGUUUUUGUAAACUCUCUGGAUAUCAUCGAGCUGACGUCAUGCAGAAGAGUAGCACUUGCAGCAGCAUAGAGAAUUUGAACCAGGGAUGCCCUUCCACUGAAAUUCACUCUGCCAAUAUGAAUUACAGUUUUAUGUAUGGGGAACUGACGGAUAAGAAGACCAUUGAAAAAGUCAGACAGACUUUUGACAACUAUGAGUCAAACUGCUUUGAAAUUCUCCUGUACAAGAAAAACAGAACCCCAGUUUGGUUCUACAUGCAAAUAGCACCUAUAAGAAAUGAACAUGAAAAAGUGGUUUUAUUCCUUUGCACUUUUAAAGAUAUCACUUUGUUCAAACAACCAAUUGAAGAUGAUUCAACAAAAGGUUGGACAAAGUUUGCCCGAUUGACACGAGCAUUGACUAACAGCCGAAGUGUUCUGCAGCAGCUAACGCCAAUGAACAAAGCUGAGGUGGUGCACAAACAUUCAAGAUUAGCUGAAGUUCUCCAGCUCGGGUCUGAUAUUCUUCCUCAGUAUAAACAAGAAGCUCCAAAGACUCCACCGCACAUUAUUUUACACUAUUGUGCUUUUAAGACCACCUGGGACUGGGUCAUCUUAAUUCUAACCUUCUAUACAGCAAUUAUGGUCCCCUACAAUGUCUCCUUCAAAACGAAACAGAACAACAUAGCUUGGCUGGUGUUGGACAGUGUGGUGGAUGUUAUUUUUCUGGUUGACAUUGUUUUAAACUUCCAUACAACCUUUGUUGGCCCUGGGGGAGAGGUUAUAUCUGAUCCCAAACUCAUAAGGAUGAACUACCUGAAAACUUGGUUUGUGAUAGACCUUCUGUCCUGUUUACCUUAUGACAUCAUCAAUGCCUUUGAGAAUGUGGAUGAGGGGAUCAGCAGCCUUUUCAGUUCCUUAAAAGUGGUGCGACUUCUACGCCUUGGUCGUGUUGCCAGGAAAUUGGACCAUUAUCUGGAAUAUGGUGCUGCAGUACUAGUGCUGUUGGUCUGUGUUUUUGGACUAGUGGCCCACUGGCUAGCCUGUAUAUGGUACAGCAUUGGGGACUAUGAAGUUAUAGAUGAAGUCACUAAUACAAUCAAGACAGACAGCUGGCUCUACCAGUUGGCAUUGAGUAUAGGGGCACCCUAUCGUUACAAUACCAGCGGCUCAGGGCAGUGGGAAGGAGGCCCCAGCAAAGACUCAUUGUAUAUAUCCUCUCUCUACUUUACCAUGACAAGCCUUACAACAAUAGGAUUUGGAAACAUAGCUCCAACCACAGAUGGAGAGAAGAUUUUUUCAGUGGCCAUGAUGAUGGUUGGCUCUCUUCUUUAUGCAACUAUUUUUGGAAAUGUCACCACCAUUUUCCAGCAAAUGUAUGCCAACACCAACCGAUACCAUGAGAUGCUGAACAAUGUGAGGGAUUUCCUAAAAUUAUAUCAAGUCCCAAAAGGCCUUAGUGAACGAGUCAUGGAUUAUAUUGUCUCAACAUGGUCUAUGUCUAAAGGGAUCGACACAGAGAAGGUUCUUUCCAUUUGUCCCAAGGACAUGAGGGCAGAUAUCUGCGUGCAUCUGAACCGGAAGGUUUUUAACGAGCACCCUGCCUUUCGACUGGCUAGUGAUGGCUGUCUGCGGGCCCUGGCUGUGGAGUUUCAGACUAUUCACUGUGCUCCAGGAGACCUUAUCUACCAUGCUGGAGAAAGCGUAGAUGCGCUCUGCUUUGUGGUGUCGGGAUCCCUAGAAGUCAUACAGGAUGAUGAGGUGGUUGCUAUUUUAGGUAAAGGCGAUGUGUUUGGCGAUAUCUUCUGGAAGGAAACCACUUUGGCCCAUGCGUGUGCCAAUGUCCGGGCACUGACGUACUGCGAUUUACAUAUUAUUAAACGGGAAGCCUUGCUGAAAGUUCUGGACUUUUAUACAGCGUUUGCAAACUCCUUUUCCAGGAAUCUCACGCUCACUUGCAAUCUGAGGAAACGGAUUAUUUUCCGAAAAAUCAGCGAUGUCAAGAAGGAAGAAGAGGAGCGCCUGCGCCAGAAGAAUGAAGUGACCCUGAGCAUCCCUGUGGACCACCCCGUAAGAAAGCUCUUUCAGAAGUUCAAGCAGCAGAAGGAGAUGCGGAAUCAAGGCACAAUACACAUCGACCCAGAGAGGAACCAGCUUCAAGUGGAGAGCCGUACCAUGCAGAACGGGGCCUCCAUCACUGGCACAAGUGUGGUCACUGUAUCUCAGAUCACGCCCAUUCAAACAUCCCUGGCUUAUGUGAAAACCAGUGAGACAAGCAAGCAGAACAACAGGGACGCAAUGGAGCUCAAGCCAAAUGGCAACCCUGAAAAAUGUCUCAAAGUUAACAGUCCCAUCAAGAUGAAAAAUGGGAAUGGGAAAGGGUGGCUUCGACUUAAGAACAAUAUGGGAGUCCCAGAGGAGAAAAAGGAAGACUGGAAUAAUGUCACAAAGGCUGAGUCAAUGGGGCUAUUGUCCGAUGACCCCAAGUGCAAUGACUCAGAGAACAGUGUAACUAAAAAUCCAUUGAGGAAAACAGACUCUUGUGACAGUGGAAUAACAAAAAGUGACCUUCGUUUGGAUAAAGCUGGUGAGACUCGCAGCCCCCUGGAACACAGCCCUGUCCAAGCUGAUGCAAAACACCCAUUUUAUCCCAUUCCUGAGCAGGCCUUACAAACCACACUACAGGAAGUCAAACACGAACUCAAAGAGGAUAUCCAGUUGCUAAGCAGCAGGAUGACUGCUCUUGAGAAACAGGUGGCAGAGAUUUUAAAAAUAUUGUCUGAAAAGAACGUGUCCCAGACCUCUUCCCCCAAGUCCCAUUUAUCACCCGAGUUGCCCCCCCAAAUACCUUGUCAAGAUAUUUUUAGCGUUUCAAGGCCUGCAUCACCUGAAUCAGAAAAAGAUGAAAUCCACUUUUAACAUAUACCUAUGUGUAUAUAUGUAUACAGUAUAUAUAUGCAAUUGUGUAUAUAUGCCUGUAUACAUAUAUAUAGGGUGAGUGUGUGUGUGUAUACAGUAAAUAUAUAUACAUAUAUAUUUUCACUUGCAUCCAAUAUGACUUGAACACAAGGAUUUUGAUAUGUAAAUAUUGCAUGUCCAGCUGGAUUCUGGCCUGCCAAAGAAAACAAUUAUUAACGUAGACGUUGCUUGUAUAAUAUGCAGUUGACUGCAUGCACACUUUACAUUUAUUUAUAAUCUCUAUUAUGUAAUAAAAGGAUUACUUUUGUUU